AUGGAGGGCCCGCAAGGUCGUCGUCGCCGUCUCCCGACUGCAACGCCGCGUGCUGGUCGCAGAGAUGAUGCUAGCAGCGUCAUCGGAGAUGCGACGUUCGCGGAUCGCACUGCGACUGCUCUUGAUGCUGGUGCUCAUUAUGGCCCGUUCGAUCAUGACGAUAUUCUGGAGGAGGAAGAGGAGGAGGAGCCCGUCCGGCACGAGCCUGUUCGCCGCUCCCAGCCGAGCAGUCUUCGAGUAUUUGCGCGAGCGCUUCCUCGCUAUGUCCCGAGACUUUUACGCAGUGCUAAUCCGGCACUCAAGGAUCUUCUUCUACUGAUCUCGGGCUUUAUUACCCUCACCCUUCUGGUCGCUUUGACUCCGUUGCCCUCUUCGAUCAGCCCCUACCGUGACUACAUCUUCUCCGGCGUCAAAACUUCCCUCGGCAUCGAGCCAUCGGCGAAGUUGCAGUCUGCCUGGUACCAGCUCAAGCACGACAAACUCUUCAGCGACCUUUUACCAGACCACAAUAUCCCGGAACAGCAGUUCGCCAUCAACAUCAACUACCUCCAGCGCAUCGAGGAGCUAGAGGCAAAUAUGCGCGCGCUUGAAGGAGACAUGCGGCUUACCUUGAAUUCCUGGAGAGUUCUCGAGCAGGCGCUGCCCAGCAAAGUCGUGGUCCACGUGAUCGACGGCAGGUACGAAAUUCCAGAAGUGUUCUGGAAUGCAUUGCAGGAGAAGCUGGCCGGCGAGACCGACAUGACUCCUCUUUGGCAAUCUUAUAUCCAGGGCAACGAACGUGAGAUCGAGCAUCUCAACCAGCAGCUCAUCUCUCUCCAGCUCGACCGCGCUAUUCAGUCUAGAGAAGUCGUCAGCCGCGACGCCUUCAUCGAGGCAAUCGAAGAGAACAACGCAUACAUGUCGAGCAACUUCCGCGACGAAUUUCGCGCGAUGCAGCAAACCCACCUGGCAGAAGUCAAAGCCCUCGCAAUCCGCAGCACCCAAGACGAGCUGCAAACCAACCCCCUCUCCUUCCACGUCAGCGAGCAACUCCAAAUGCUCAUCAAAGCCAACCAAGUCCGCAACACCUACCAAGCCCUGCGCUCCGUCAACUGGUUCUCCCUCGGCAACCAAGCCCGCAUCAACCCCGCCCACACCUCCACAACCUUCUACCCGCCCCGCAACUGGCUGCACCACGUCUACCACCAAUUCAGCCCCUUCACCACCAAACCCCACCCUCCCACCGCCGCCCUCUCCCACUGGAACGAAGCAGGCGACUGCUGGUGCGCGAAGCCAAAGUCCAAAACCGACCCCUCCAUCUCCAUCGGAAUCUACACCAACGAGAAAAUCUUCCCCGAGAAACUCAUCCUCGACCACGUGCCGAUGGAAGGCACGCUGUCAAUCAAAACAGCCCCCAAAGACAUCGAACUCUGGGCCUCAGCAGGGAGCAAAAAGACCGCAGCCAAACUCGCUAAACUCGUGCGCGAGCACCGUCGCUACCCUGACGCGGAGUGCGACCCCGCUAACCGCCCUGACGCCCGGUACGUGUGCGUCGCGCGCGGCAAGUACGAUGUCCACGAGGGGAAUCAUGUGCAGGUCAUUCCUGUUUUCGCCGAUAUGCAGGCGCUGGGGUUUGGGGUGGAGGACUUUGUUGUGCGCGCGAGUACGAAUUGGGGUGGGCGGUUUACUUGUUUGUAUCGCGUAAGGAUGAUUGGGGAGAAAGCGAUUCCGGAUUCGGGGGUCUGA